GGAAGGAAAAGGCUUCACACUACUGGCAUGAUGUCAUUUCCAGCCACCAUGUUGGAAGCUGGCAAGACUGAAGCAUGAAGUUUCUUCUGAGUUCUUGCAGGUGGAGACGGGGUCUGCUUGCAACAGAAGAGAAAGAGAGCAAGAAGGUGCGAUUUUCAUUCCCAUUGCUUCAGCUGCCCAUGGAAAAAUAGCCUAUUGGGUCAUCAUCUGGAAGACGUGGCAAGGGGCACCAUGAGCAGCAGUGAGAAGCAAAUGGACCCUGACUCAUCCCCUCUGCCUGAGCCACCAAAGAGGAAGAGGGGAAGACCAAAGAAGCAGCCACAGGAGCUUCUGGGACCUUUGCCCCUAAAGAAACCACGAGGAAGGCCAAAAGGAAGCAAAAAACGGAAUGCCCGCGAUGGGCAGACGGUAGAAUCUUCAGCUGAGAAAAGACCAAGAGGGAGACCCCGAAAGUGGCCUCAGCUACUGAUCCAGGAGAAAGAAACUCAGGAAGGAUAUUCCCAAGAGAGCAGUGACCUGAAUUCUAAUUCACCGCCUGCCACAGGAGGCGCUCCUGGAAAAGAUUCUCAUAGGACGGGCAGGACUACAGGCCUCAGGAGAUCUCUGAGCACCGCCCCGGCUGCACCACAGUAGCACCCUGCCUGCUGAUGUUGUACUGAAGCCACAAGGAUUAGGAAAAUCAACCAACCAACCAACCUUAAUUUCACGCUUAAAAUACCCUCCACCCCAUAACUUUGGCAAACCCAGAGCCCCUGCUGCCCUCCUGCUCACCCAGACAGCAAUCUCAGGCAUGACAGCCAGAAAGCUGUAUUGAAAAAACAGCAGCCUCCUUGUGAAGGGGAUUCCCCCACCUGGUUUGUAUUAGACCUUUGCAAGGAAUUACGGUUACAUUAAUCUCUUAAAAAGACUUUACAACUUGUAACUUGUGCUGUCAGGAAUAGCCAUAGUCCCACAGGGAAUGGGGGACUUAAUAUAUGCAAACACAGUGCAGGUGACCUAGUCACACUGCCACUCUUUGAGCUCACCUAGUAACACCAUCAGGGGGAAUGGGGCAUAAGCUUCUAUUUUCAGGAGAGCAUUGAGAAAGCCUUUGGGGACCAGCUCCUGGAUUGGUUGCUGCUCAUUUCCUCGGGCAGUGAAGAAUCCUUUCUCCCACUCUCCCCAAAUAGAAAAAACAAUGGGAAUUGCCAAACUGCCAUGGGCCAGUGCUUCAUCUAGUCAGUUACCCUUGCUUCAGUCUAGAGACCUUGGAGGAAAACGUAAGACUUGAAAAAGCUGGACUGCUGGGCGGGGGAGGGGUAGGUCUUCCUCCCCUGUUGAUAAUCUUGCUCCCUGAAACAUUUGGGUUGAUGAACCUUAUUUUUUAUCCUAGCUAGUGUCAGUCCGGGGGUUAUUUGGGGGGCCAUAUCCCCACAACCAGUCCACACCCAGGAACAACUCUCAGUGAAGUCAAUGAGAAUAUUUCAUGAGUAAGCACUAGAUAAACACAGAGUAAAGACCCCUGGAUUCUUAACAGGCAUGUCUGCAAAAAAAAGGGUUGCUUCUUUACUGAGCCUCAUGACUGGUUUUACCAACUCCAAAACCACCUUGGAAAUUCAGUCACCCCCUGGUGUGUCUGCAUGUUUAGAAACUAAACAUAUGGCAUCCUCUGAUCUUUAUACACUCCAAUUUCAGGAGUGCCUUUGGAUAUAGUGAUAGCCAGUCAGUUUUGGGUUAUUGCAAGUGGCUGUUGGCAUCAUGCUUCUGUGCCAGAUUUGAUCUAUCCAAGUCUUGGGGUCCAGGGUGUUUUUAAUAUCCAGUCCCACGCAGUGGAAAUCCACUGGUAUUUUCUAUCCCUUGGAAUGAAUUCCUGCCUCAUAAAAUCGGCGGAGUAGAUAUUUCAAUUAUAUGGGACAAGAUAUAAAAGUGGACAGCUUUUACACUCGUUAAAAUAUUUAGUAGGACAUAAUUGGCUAUAUAUUUAGGGAAGCAACAGCAGAAACCUGUGAAAUGGCUGGAUUUAUUGAGCUCAAACGUUGACCUUUUACCAAAGAUCUGUUCCUUUAGCAGGUAAUUAUUUCACAUAGAAAAAUCCCUGUAGCUUUUUAGGAGGAAUGGUUAACUCUGGAGAUGGGUAAUAGAAUUUGGGGCAUUUCACCUCUAGGCUCUGAGAUCAAAUCCAAUCCAACAUAAUAGUAACAAAGGAUUUUAGACCCCUAACUUCCAUUUAUUUUAAUGAAAGUUUGGCAUCUAAGACCCAGUUCCAAAGGGAUUAAGACCUUGAUCCUGUAGUUGACUCCACGCAGGGGGACUUCUUGCUCUAAUAGUUGUUUCUGUCUAAUGGCUGCUCUAUGGUAGUCUACUUGAAAUGAGUUAGAAUGACUCAGCUGAGUUCCUAGUGGAACACCACAUCACAAUAACCAUUUCCGCUCUUCUGACAGUCUUAUCAGAGCAGGCAAGGCUGAAGUGGUGCAGAUACUGAAUGACUUUAUCAAUGUGGUGGUCACCCCCAAGUCAAGAAUGAGGCAGGUGGGUGAGGGUUGGGGAAGAUUGCACUGCUACUUAUGCUAUCCCUGUUCUAUAGAUAAGUAGAGGAAUUUAGGUCCCAGGGCUGACAAUGUAAUGGCUUUCCUAAGCAAUAAAUCUCCUCCCAGAUAUACAGAGAGAAAAUUUUAGCCUUGCAAAAUUUCCAUGAAAAUUUAUCAGCACAGGCACAAAAACUGCCCUGGACUAUGCUGCUGAUGCAAACUGAUGAGGAAGGAAGGAAUAAUAUUUCACUCACCUAUAGUUUUCUUGUAAGUAUUCUUGCUGAAUAGUCCAUCUUCCCCAGAUGGACAAAAUAUUAUUUGUGGUUUCCACCAUCCUUCUCCAUGAGUGCAAUGAUGGUGCUUUGGAAGGGGAAAGGUGAGCAUGUUUCCUGCUGCAUUUUCCUUAAUUUUUUUUAGAUACCUCCACUGCUUACCACUUUUAACUAUUCCCAAACCUGGCUGCAGCGGCAUAAUGGGUGAGAUUCAUAUUUUUUGGUACAUUCCAUUAGAGGAUCCAUUUUAUGCUCUUCUGAGUUCAGCUACUGGAGCUGGGCUUCGUAUCAGGUGGAUACAAUCAUUUAGUUGUGGCUCAUCUCACAACUCAAAGGCUGUGCUGGAUGGACACAGAAAUCCAUUUCAAGUUCUUGACUCCAGGUGAAUUGACAGACUGUAGGAGUUCUGUCUGCCAGACUCUAAAUGCUGAUUUAGCUAAUAUUUUUCAUCUGUGAGUGUGACAGGCAAAAAUGCCAGACUUGGAUUUUCUCUUCACCUGAAAUGGAUUUGGAGUAAGCAUUUGUACAAUAUGUGGUCUGGUUAAUUACUGUAUCGUGAUUGAUGUUCAGGCAUUUCUCAGUAUAUUAUCUAGAUCUUUCUCAGUUGGUGUGCGUGCACAACGACAGGGAAAGGAGACUGGCUUUUGUUUUAACACAAAUGACUGAAAAAUCUGGUUAGUUUCAGGUAGGGAGGGCAGUUCCCCUUUGGUCACAUCAGUGUCCUCUGUCUUGUAAAACGGGUCAGUCUUUGCUACCUCUUGCUGUCUCAUUCAGCAACCACAACAGAAAAAGUUGCCAUAAAAGCAUGGCUAUAUUGGGAACAACAAGCAGAAUUCUAUAUUGCUGGGAGAUAAUCUGUGUCUGCUCCUUUUAAGAGUCUGGUGCUGUGAAAAACCUACCUGUACUUUUUGUUUCAAUCUUCCUGUAGAGACCGGGGGUGAAAACCUGGCCCAGCUGAAGUUAAUGGCAAAAUUGCUGUUGCCUUUAAUGGGGCCAGGAUUUCACCCUAUAGCUUUAUUAGUUCUUAGGAAAAAAAACUAGAACGCUUUUUAUUCCCCAUGUUUGACUUUUCAGUCUGUGCAAAACAAUGGGCCAGAACCAAAACCCUGCAUCUAAACAAAUGAUUUUAGUUUGCAAUGCAAUCAGAUCAAAUAUAUCAAGUCCUGCAAUCAAAUCAAAAUAACUACAAGACAGACAGAUUCAAAAUCUCAGUAGCCAGAUUCUGAUUUUGCAGAAUAAAAAUUGCGGUGGUUUGGAUCCACAUCCCAUUUUAUAUGUGCUCUAAAGUUUGGUAGGAUCAGCUAAAUGGUUCUGGUUUUGGCCCAUGGAUAAUGAUAAUGUUAAUUUGGGAUUAGCUUUUAAUUUUGUUAAUAAAGAUGUAAGUCA